CCACAACCUCCACCACAACCAACCGUCCUUCUGAAUCUCUACGACUUUGCUCGACGGGAGACAGAGACUUUGACUUCGACUUCGAUUCUUGGAACGCUAAGAAGAAGAUCCCUUUUAUCGUUGAAGAAAGGAAGAGAAGACCUUGAUUGAAGAUGUCGACGGAAAUCAAGAGUAUCCCGCCUGUUAUUGGGCCUGAUGGAAAACCCCAGCAUUUCGAUCCUAAUACCGCUCAGAAUCUCAUCGAGAUUGAGAAACAAUUCGCUGUGAAAGCUGUUGAACAGGCUCAGACCUACUGGAACCUCCUUGAAAAAGUCCCUCCUAGGGAGUUGAGGUUGACCAAACUGGACGAUGAGAUCUUCGACGAUUUGAUGAAGACCUUCCCCGAACUCGCCGAACCACCACACACCAAGCUCAUCAAGAUCGACGAGGAGUGGAUGAAGAACUCGCAGGGCAAGAAGAAGUGGAGAGAGUUCUGCGAACGAUACAAGGACCGAGUCAAGGAUUACAACUUUGGAUCCCUCAUUCGUACGGAUGCUGAAGACGAGUAUGGAGAGAGGAACACUAUCUUUGUUACACGGAUACAGUUCUACGGAUUCGAAAUCGCGAGGAACCGUCUAGGACUCAACGACAAAGCGCACGAGCUUGCCAAGGAGGAAGCUGCGAAGGAGAAGGCUAGGAAGGAGAAAUUGGAGAAGGAGAAGGCUAAGGAGAAGAAGGGCAAGCGCUAGUUCGGCGGCCUCCCCGCAGGUCAUCGAUCAUCACUGAGGGCGUCUAUGUACUUGGCGUGGAUCGGGAGUGAACCAAGCUUGAAUUGUAUUGUAGGAGGGAUGGUGGGAGGUGGGGAGUGAGUGCUAAGUAUAUUGGAAUUGGAGUUGGAUUGGUGGUGAUGUCGUUGCCUAUUCUUUGUGUAAAAAUGGAUGGAUCGUUUCUUUUUUUUAAUUUUUUC